CCGGGAGCCCCUUCUCUCAAUUCGCCUUCCUCCGGCCCCUCUUCCAACACCUGAACCCUGUGAGUCUAGAGAGAAGCUGGACGAAACUUUCUCGCAGUCCACCACCCUCGGGGGACGUGGAUUUCCUCUAAGGGCGAGUUGUGUUGGAGGAGAGGAGGUUUGCCUGCGAAACCUCUGGUUCCCUUAGAGCUUCCAUUCCUGUUCCCCCUCUUCCCUGUGCCUUGCGGCCUGGUGCUCCAUUCCCACCAGCACCGUUCACGGCCGUUACACUUUAUGAAUCUUUUCUUUUCUGUUGUCAGGGUCCUCCUUAAGGGGAAGGAGCCUCGCCUGAUACACCUCUGUUGCAGCCUGGCCAGCACAGGGCCUGGCGAGGCUCCCAAGUGAACAGAAGGAAUGACAGGGCCUUAUGUCACCUCCAUCAGGACAACUCGUGAUUAUGUCCAGGAACUCCUCGAGGGCAGAGGCUUUGUCCAUCUCCUUGCCCUUGGACUUCGCCCCUAAUGAGUCCCGAGGCCCCAGGAGAAAUCUGAGCAAACAGGGACGUUGGGGUUUGCCUUGCUCCUUUGGCGUGCUCUAAAUCUGAUGGUGGCAACAGAGUUCCUGUGAGUCCGAUCCACCGUUCUGUCUUUGGGAUCAUUCUCUCCGGACCACACAGGCGACCUCGGCAGGCAGGCAAUAAGUGCCCACUUCCAUCCCUUAAGGCGCUCUGACUGCCGAUCCCCUGCUUCCUCCUGAGGGCCCAGGGCUUUGUCUGAUCCUUGUUUUUUGACCCCACCUGUCCCCACCGCGGGGCCCACUGCCCAGGAGGCGCGGGAGACAGGCAGAGAAACAAUGCCAGGGCUCCCCCCGCGCCUUAUGGUGCCUCCAUCAGAAAGUCCUAAAUUUGGACUACGUGCGGCUUCAGACUCCUUGGGGGCGCAGGGGGCUCGGGCCACACUAACCUGUGCGCCCAGCCGGCCCCAGCAUCGGCUCCUGAGGGCCAGGGCGCCCCCGGGCCGGGCCCUUCCACACCCGGCCCAGCCCAGGUGACCAGGAGAGCGCUGGGCAUACCUGGCGCAGGACCCUGACCCCGCCCCGGACCGCACCCGGAACGCGGAACGCGCUCUCCGCGGGUCAGAGCCAGCCAGCCAUGGCGGCGGCGCCGGCCGUGUGCACCUCGCCGGGGACCCCGCCGAGCGCUGCACCGUCCCUGGCGGCGGGCGCGCCGGGGCUGGCGUCCGGCCUGGGCCGCUGUCGGAUGGCGCUGCUGCUGGCCGUGGCUCUGGACGUGGCGGGCAUGGCGGCGCUGCUGACCGGCGUGUUCGCGCAGCUGCAGGUGCGCGGCCGCGACUUCGGCGACCUGCUUAUCUACACGGGUGCGCUACUCGUCUUCCUGAGCCUGCUCGGCUGGAUCCUCUGGUACACCGGCAACAUCGAGAUCUCGCGCCAGGAGCUGGAGCGCGACUACGGCCUGAGGCCCUCGGCGCUCGCCCGCCUCGCGCGGAAGCUCUCCCGCCGCUGGUCGGCGCCGGCUUCCUCCGCCGCCGGCCGGCGCGCCGCGCCCGGCUCCCGGGGAGCGCGCCGCGCCGCCCGCACGCCCCCACCGCCCGCCGCCGGUUCCCGCCGCGUGCGCCUGCAGCUCGCCUCGCUGGAGGCUGGGCCCGGGGCGGCGGGAGCGGGCACCGAGUGAGCCCGAGAUGAACGCGUGGCCCCAGCUGUGAGCGCCCGACGGAGAUGCGCUGCCACCCCCAGCAGCCCCUGGCCACCAGGAUACGCCUGCCUGUCUCCCAUCUCUCCUGCCCCAGAUAAACGGCUCUGCCUCCCAGCA